UUUUGGUGACACUACGGGUUUUGCGCAGCCUCUUCCGUGACGUCAGCACAGGACCGCCCCCUCCCCGCCUCCCUGCCGAGUGAUCACGUGAGUGCAGUCGUGCUGAUGGUAAACAUGGAGAAGGAUAUCGAGCUCGAGCUCAGUAAAUUGUCUUUGCCUGAUAGCGAGUCACCGGCUGAGGACGUAGAGGAAGACUAUGACAGCUUUAUGGUUAUAGAGGAAUUCCCGGAAUCUGUUCUUUCAUUUUUACAAUCUGUUAAACAAAGGAGUGAAAAGGCGGAGAAACUGAUUUUAGAAGACUUGGAUUCUACAGAUACUUGGACAAGUGAUUGUUUUCCAGUAUCAUAUAAACAUCAAGUCACCAAUGAUUCUGAUUAUUUUGUUCAACUGGCAUCUGAAAACCAUGAAGACCCAGAGACAUUUAAGAAGCGGGUUUUGGCUGAAAUAGAAGAAGAUGACAGAAAAGAUCUACUUAGUUGUGAUAACCCUGAAAUAGAAGACGCGGAUGUCAGUAAAGGAGAUGCUGAGCUCGUAAAUAAGUUAGAUGGCGUGGAUGAGGUUCUAAACUUUUGUUACACUGAGGUCGAAGAAAGCUGCAGACAGAAACUGCAGCAGUGGCAAAAAGAACAAGAGAACCAUAAGGAAGUGGAUAGAGCGGCACUCAAUGCUCAAAAAGCUGUUCUUGAGAAAGAAAUCAAAGAACAAGAUGAAAAGCGAGAAAACUGGGAGAGAGAGUUUGAGAAAGAGCUUUCAAAGCUUAGUACCUUUCAGCAAAAACAACAAGAGAAACUUGAAUUAGAUCUAAAAAGAAACUAUGAAGCACUCGAACAGGAUUUACAGUAUCACCAGAAUAAAAUUGAUAACAUUGAAGCAGAUUUGAUAGUUGAAAGAAAAGCCUUUGAAGAACAGAAGGCCAAUGCCCAAAAGCGUUUGGAGGAACUACAACACAAAGCAGCUGUAACGAUUCAGGCAGCAUUCAGAGCACACCAGGUAUACAAAGUGUACGCAUCUAUACUACUGCAGAAAAAAGAAGACCUGAAAAGAAAGAAAGAACUACAGCAAAAAAUGGAAAUAGAAAAGAAAGAGCUAGAGCAGAAAAUUAGGAUGAAACUUGAGGAGAAAAGACAAAAAGAUGAAGAAAAGAAACAAAAUGAAGAAAUUGCAAAAAAGAAAAUAGAAGAAGCCAAAAGGAAAGAGUUUAUAGAACAAGGAAAGAGACAUCAGGAAUAUGAGUGGAAAAAGAAUGAAGAAAAAAUGAGAUUGGAGAAAGCUAAAUUCUUGAAACAACAAGAAACAAGCAAACAAGAAAUGAACAGCCCCAAAUAUCCUUCUAUAAAUGGAAAACCAGCUAAGGAGGAUCAACCAAAAGAUGAGCAGACUAAUGCCCUAAAAAUAGCAGAGGAGAAAGAAGAAAGACAAGAAAAGAACAGUGGGAUCCGACAAGAAAUGGAUGUCGGAUUGCAGGUUCAUACUAGUGAAAAAAAUACUAUUCUGGAAAGUAGAGCUGACCUAGAACCUGCAGAAAUCCGCAGAGCCUCAGAAAUAGAUGAGGAUCGUUCUCUACUGGUGCACAAUAAGAAGAGUAUAGAAAGUCCUUCUCCUGUGUUGACUGCACUGCCAACUGCAUUCACUGAGGGGCACGUUCUUGGUUCACAAUCUGCUGUAAACCACAUCGAAGAAAAAGACAUGAGCCAGAAUGCAGGAAACUCACAAAGUCAAACUUCACGAUAUUCUUCAACCGUAAAUGGUUGGGCUCUGCCAGACCAAUCUGAAGCAAAGAGACUAGCAUGGAUGAAAUCCUGCAAACCUUGGGCCAAGAUUUUAAGGGAGAACCAAAAGGUUGUGGUAAAAAAAGCCAGACAGAGGAAAAGCUCUGCAGCAAAACAGCUGCCUUCCCUUAAAGAAGCCCUCAUCCUGCACAACACUCCAUGGCAGAACUUGCAACAGGUUACUACAGUGACUCUUCAUGACUUGCCAGGCUGCAGUCUUUCAACGUUGUCAAAAUGUGUAAACCUGAAAUUUUUGUCACUGAGACGCUGUCAGUUAAGUGCACUUGAGGGAUUAAGUAACUGCAAAGCCUUGCAGUACCUAGAUGUUCAGGACAAUUGCAUUAGCUUUAUCAACUGUGAGGGCUUGGAGAACCUUGUUGUGUUACUGUUAAAUAAGAACCGCGUCACAUCAAUUAAUGGAAUAGAAGAUUGCAAAAACCUUAUGACUUUGGAACUAUCAUUCAACUCAGUAACUCGAAUUGCUGGACUAGAGUCUCUGAGAAAUCUCCAGUGGCUAGCUUUGGAUCAUAACCAACUGAUAUCUACUAAGGCCCUUGAGACAACACCUCAACUGACCUAUUUGGACUGUUCAUACAAUUAUCUUACCGAACUUGAAGGAAUUCAGAACUGUGGCCUCCUACAGAUCCUAAAGUUACAAGGGAACAAUUUGUCAGAGAUUCCCAGACUGGAUAACCACGUUCUCAUGAGAGAGUUGUAUCUGGAUGACAAUAACUUAACAACUAUGACGGACAUGUCAUCAUAUUGGUUACCUUUAUUGCAGGUUUUCACAGUAUCGCAAAACAGCAUAACUCACCUUGAACCAUUUAACACCUUCAUUUCACUUGAAGAGUUGAACCUAAGUAGCAAUUGCUUAUCAGAUUUAGAGACUGUAACCCUGUGGCUAGAAGGAUGUAUGAAUUUACGAAAACUUUCCAUUAGCAAGAAUCCAUUUCUUCAGGAACAUAAUUGGAGAUUUACUUUACAAAAAACUUUACCUGCAUUGAGAUGUCUGAAUGAUGAGGAAAUAACGUCUGAAGAUACACCGUUCCACAAGUCACCACCAGGAAGCUUCAUGGCAUUUUGUCAACACCAAAUAUCCAAUAUCCAUAAACUCUGGCAUGUAAUUGAUGAGGAGAGGCAAUCCCCAUCGUUAGAAAAACUUGAUAUGUACUGUAACUCACUAAAAGAAAUCUUACAACUCAGUAAUGUAUACAGAUAUGCACAUGAGUAUGGUGACACAGAUGUUGCUGAAAGAGAAGAUCCAGAGAAUCAGCUACACCUUGACAAUAGUCAGCAUAGUAGUCACAUUAUCCUUGGCCCUCAUGAAGAUCAAUGUGAAGACACAAAGCAGAUCACCAUUCAACACGCUAAGUCUUUACUUGAGCAAUCUUUUGUAAAUGCCGAACAAAGUGAUCGAGCAAACAAUAGAGGAAGCAUGAAAUAUCAGUCUAAGCUGUCAGUGACUUCUACAAGGAAAGACAUUAAAGGGCAUUCUAGAGAAGUCUCUGCCGCAGUUCUUAUCCAGUCUCAGUGGAGAGGGUAUAUAGUACGGAGAGAUAUUCAUUAUUAUACCAAGCUUCAUGAGGCCGCUUCUCUUAUACAGUCAGCAUGGCGUUACUACUACAGCAGAAAAAAGUCUUUACAUAAGAAAUGUGCAAAUCCUAAGACCUUUAAGGUCAGAGAACAGGCUGCCACGGUAAUACAGGCAGCUUGGAAAGGAUUCUUCUUACGAAAAAAGUUAGCUGCAGCUUUUGCUGGUAUUGAUAGAGAAGAAUUAGAAGAUGACUUUGAAGAAGUGAAUUUGGAUGAAUUUACAUUUGAUGAAAAUGUUUUUGAAAAAGGCUGGUCAGUAGAUUCUGCCCUUUCCCAUUCUGGAGCACUGCAUAUCUUCAGUAAACCAGAACGACCUAAGAAAACUGUCCUUGAAGAAGACAGAGAAUACUCCUUACCAUGGUCCCCACAGGAAGCCUGGGCAGUUUCUGAAGGUUCUACUCUAGAUAAAAAACAUAGAUAUGAAAAAGACGGUCUUAGUGGCAGGUCGGAGAAACACAAUCUGUCACAUGUGUAUAGCAUGAAGUCCAAUACUGACAUUUCCUUCAAAUCGGAGAAAGAGGAAAAAAUUUCCCAGGAGUGGGGGUUUAAAGAGGUGUCUACUGCACAACUGAUGCUGAAAAGAGCCCAGAAAAUGAAGUCUAAGCAAGCAAAACAUAAAAAAAUGUUGGAUCCAGCUGUGCGCCUGGCGUUGUUCAAAAAUAAUGAAAAUAAACAUUCCCCUGUAAUGCCACCAAAGAAGGCACAGCCAACAAAAAUAGAGUACAUUCAAGGUAAAGAAGAGGAAUUAUGCUAUUUAAAGGAACUUCCAUCUGAAGCAUUGGCAAGAAGCAGAGAACUUACUUAUCAGUGGCUGCAUACACAAUAUGGAAAUAUAAAUACAACCAGCACUGCGAUAUCCAAAUGUAAGGGUUUCUUGCCUGAAUUAAACCAUGAUGUUCUGCAUGGGGGACGUGUCCAGCUUGUGGCUAAAGAACCUUUAAGCAAAGAAGCUGAUGACAUAGACCUUAUGUCUUUGAAAUCUGGAAGUACAUUAUCUCAGAACAGAGAAGAAAAAGUGAAAACGCAAAGAAGUUCUGGGACAUUAUCUAACAGAAAUGUAUGUGUACCAGUGAAAACUAAUACUGGACCUCAACGGAAGGAACGCAUCUCAUUUCGAGACAAUCCAGUUCAACUCAGUGGUGGUUGGGGAGGAGGGAAAAAGAAAGGAAAAGCUGUUAAAUAGUUUCGUUUUUUCUUUUUUGUUUAAGGAUGCAUAGAUGCUCCAUUUAAUAUUUUAUUUAAGAUUCAAAGUAUAUGCUAUUGUACAAAUAGAAAUUUAUAUAGAUGCAUAAAAAACGUGUCUUAUGAAAAUGGCUGCAAUGUUACAUUGUCUAAUAAUUCUGUGUUCUAUGGUAAUACAUGAUAUUCAUAUUCUUUUUUUAAGGGCCUUUGUUGAUUUAUUUUUUUAAUAAUGUAUUAAUAUAUAAGACUACUAUUGUUAUGAGAAAAUGACAGCAUGUGUUUAUUUUAUUUUCGUAUGUUGUGCAUUCCUUUUACAUGUUCAUUGCAUAAUUAUAUUUUCUUUCUAUAUUCUUGUGGAAAUGGUGUAAUACAAGCAGGUACGUCCUGCUGCCAUCCUGUACUCGCCACCACCCCCAUGCUCCAUUCUCGAAUGGCCGCACUGCUGGCCCGGCAGUGCCUCCCAUCAGGGUCCUCUCACUGUCUGCCACGGCUUCAUCUGUCCUUUUGCCACUGCUAUGCUCCCCCAAUUUCCCACUCCCAUAGGUGGUGUGCACCUGCAAAUUUUAAAAGGCCAGUUAUCUGCCACCACCACCAAUCUCUGGCUAACACUUAAGGCGGCUUCACCCAGCAUGAUGUGCCUGAUCAAUAGUGUUGUUCCUUAGUGUCCAUAGCAAAGGUGUGCUGUUCUUAUUCAGCUGUUCUAGGUAUUCUGACCUUUGCCUGUCUCCUAGUUUCUGAUUCUUCCUGAUCCCUAUUGCACCAUACUGACUCUUCUUUUGCUGACCCAGAUUGCUAACCUGAAUCUUUACUACCUUCUGCCUGUAGACCAUUUCACUCUCUUUCUGCCUCAUUUCUAGGUACUGUUUGGAUUCUCCUUUGUAUGACUUGAAUUGCUGACUAUGCUUAUCUGUCAGUCCCACUGGUACAAUCUGGUCCACUGGGCCAGCCACUACCCACACAGAAAAUAUGCUUGAGAAGCAACCUGGUGUCCUCUAGCAGCAGAAGUCCAGAUUCUCCAUCCUGGGGUCAGAUGAAGGGUGAAAACCUAGAGGGUACUUAGACUCAGCUCCUGGACAUGUGGGGAGUUAACACACAUUGUCCAGAAAUGUACUUAAUUGAAUUUAUUGAGAAAAAAAUAUGUUAUUCGGCCAUACAUCCUUAGGAAAUAGUGGGGGGGGGACUUGCAUUGUUAAAAAAAAAAUGCUUUUACAUGCCCCAAUGGAGACACAGUCAGUGACAUCUAUAAAAUGCUGCCUAUGCCUGUAUACCACUGCAAUAGAGACAGCGCAAGCUAUUUCUGUAACUCCCCAAGGUUUUUAUCUGAAGUUUAUUUUCCUCAGCCAGUUAUUUUUUUUUUUUUUUUUAACAAGGCACUGUUGAUCUUCUUUUGGAACAAACCCACAAAAUACCUUCUAGACUAUAGAUAUGUCUAUUUAAAACAAUGUAACAAAAUGGCAUGCUAAUUUCAUACUAAACAAAUAACUAUUGUUCAUUGAAAAGUUUUGUAUUACGUAUGUUUUAUAUUUUCUUCUGAAGAAAAUCUUUCAUAUAUACACAUACAUUUUUCGCUCAUAACAUAUUUAUAUCCAAGAACAUACUGAACUUUUUAGAGGGUGGUUCACCAUUUUUAAAGUUCUACAUUUGGUUGAAUCUAGUGUCUGUUUUCUUAUGAGCAGCUGUUUUGAGCAAUACUCAGAGAUGAGUAAGAUUAUUAUUUAUUGUUAUAGUGCCCUUGGUUCCAGAGCUCUGUACAUAUGAAAGGGUUACAAUACAUGACACAGACACAAGUACAAUUAAUUAAAUGGUAGACUGAUAUAUAAGGAGAGGAUCCUGCCCGCAAGGGCUUACAAUCUACAAGGGGCGGGAGGAACAGUAGGUGAGGGAGAUGGCUGGUCAUCUGUGAGCACUUACCGUGUGUAAGUAGCCCUUCAUAGGGCAAUCUAGUGGCAGCAGGGUAAUUUUAGGUAGUAGGUUGUCCUGAAGAGAUGUGUUUUUCGGUUGCCCUUGAAGGUCUUGAUGGUGGGUAAAAGCCAGAUGUGUCUGGGUAGUAAGUUCCAGUGUAUAGAGAAAUUAUGGCAGAAAUCUUGGAGACAGUUGUGUGAGGUGCAGACGAGGGGAGAGCACAGACGGUGGUCUUACGAGGGUCGGAGAUUGCGCGAGCGAUUGUAUCGGAAGAUCAGGUCAGAGUUGUAUGGAGAGGAUAGGUUAUGGAUGGCUUUGUAUGUCACAGUGAACAUUUUUUAACUGAAUUAGCUUGGCAAUGGGUCACCAGUGAAGAAAAUUGGCAAAAAGGGGGAGACAGAGGAGAACCAAGGGAGCAGUUGGAUUAAUCGGGCAGCAGAGUAUGGAUAGAUUGUAGGGAAGCUAGUGUUUGAUGAAAAGCCACAGAAAAGGAUGUUGCAGUAGUUCAAGCAGGAGAUGAUGAGGGCAUGUACCAAUAGUUUAAUUAAGUCAUAGUUGAGGAAAAAGCUGAUUCGAGAAAUAUUUCUGAGGUGAAGGCAGCAAGAGUUGGUGAGGGUGUGGAUGUGUGGUUUGAAAGACAGAGCAGAAUCGAAGGUUAUCCCAAGGCAGCUGACUCGUGGGACUGGGGAGAAAGUGGAGCCAUUGACUGUGACUGGUAGAUCGGGUGGGUAUGGUUGGAGAGAUGGGGGAAAUACAAUGAAUUCCGUUUACACCAUGUUUUGAGUUUUAGAAAGUGGGAGGAGAAAAAGAAAGAAAUAUCUAUAUGUAAUGAAAUAGGUCUGAAAACAUUAACGUUAUUGUUUUGCCUUUCAUUAUCACAUUUUGAGGAACUAGGAGAAUAGUUGAGGAGACUGCACAAAACUGGUGUAUGUAGUCUUACAAGCAAUGCAGUGCUCCAUCAAAAAAAAAGUAAGUAGCUAAUUUUCAGAAGAAAAAUAACUUGUUCUACAGUGACCCUUUCAGGAGGGGACUUCUCUACAAAUCAAUGUUCACACCAUAAAUAGCCUUAGAUUAGAUGUGCUACUAUCCUAUUCCCAAAUUUAAAGGCGUACUCCGCUACUAGACAUAUUAUCCCCUAUACAAAUGAUAGGGAAUAAGAUGUCUGAUUGCGCGGGACCCACAGCUGCUAGAGUUUAGCCAAGAAUAGUGCUUAGUGAUAUAUUCUGUACUGAGAGUGAAAUUAGAUAUCACAUACUAAGUCUAGGGCAUCAAACAGUGUCUGCAAAACCAUCAGGUGGCACUUGCAUGACAUUAGGCUAUGAGCCAGACUUCCAGCUACAGGUGUUCAAUUGACCUCAUGCUACCGCUCUCAAAGGCUAGCAUGGUGCAAAACAAGAUAGCAAUGGAAGCUGGAAUGGCGCUCUAUCCUCUUCAGUGAUAAGUCUUGCUUUUCUGUUGAAUGCAAUGAUGAAGAUUGGUCUGAAAACCAUGUGGGCAAUGCAAGGGAAUGUUACACUGGUCCUUCUCUUGGGAUUUUGUUUCAAUUUUUUAUCAUUUGCAUAAGAUUACCAUGUCUAUUGAUUCAGUGACUUCCAUAAUUCCAAAACCUUUCUUUCUUGGUGUUGCAAUAUCUAUGUUAAAGGUGUACUCCGGCCCUAAAACAUCUUAUCCCCUAUCAAGUAUGAGCUGCGGCAAAUUUUUCGCCGCAGCGCAAACUCCUAGCAGGGAACUCACUGUA